GGUCGUCACAGCCACACGGCGCACGCUGGCAGCAGCGGCAGUCAGACUCGCGCUGCUGGCGGGAAUGGUUCAGAUUUGGCGGGAAACAGCGCGUUUCAACAGCCGCGUGUGCCAUCGUCGUCGUCGUCGUCGUCAGCCAUGUCUGCCGUCGCGUCGGUUGUUGCUGCAGCUGCCUGCUAUGCACUGCCAGAGCAGCUGCCGUCGGUCGCUGGGCUGCCGCACUUUGUCGCUGCUGGUUUCAAGCAAAGCGAUGUUGCUGCUGCUUCUGUUGCUGCUGCCGCUUCAAGUUCACAGGCCAGCCACGAUCAGGGAGACAUCCCUCAUCCAGCAAUGCAAAACGCAUCAAGACCACCACCACCACUUCAAAGUGACGGGCUGAGGCGUGGAUAUGUCAAGCAGCAGUGGAUUGCCCAAGCGCAGCUGCUGACGGACGCGACCACUACCACUGGGACCGUCCCUCGAUCGUGGUCCAUCAACAACAAGACAAACGCACGGCAUGUGCCACUCACAACAACAACGUCGCUAGAUGCGCGGACAUUAUCACCGGCUGUUCAGCCACUCAGACUUCCAAUCUUGCUGGCCGCAACGCCAGUUCCGCCGUUCCAAGAUUUUCCGCUGUGGGUCUCGCGACUCUUUCUCAUCUUGACCCAGCGGCUAGCACACGUCACUGCCACGGACAAGGCGUCGGCCAGCCAUGGGAGUCUGGUCUCGAGCGCUGCUGCUGGGACGCACUCAAACCGACACUCGUUUGCUUCAACCGCCAACAACCACCACAGUCUUAGUAGUCACAGUGCCUCCACUGGAAGCCUCCACCAAGCAAGCACGGCUGACAUGAACUCGUCCCACGACGAAUGCCUUGACGUGUUGGACUAUAUGCGCUGGUGUUUGCAUCUCGCGGCCGCAACGCUUGGCACCACCGCCGCCGCUUCGACCAAUAGCUCCAACUCCUCUUCUUGGUCCUCAUCUCUGCCGUUGCACUUUGGCAUGCAAGUCGACUUUUCUUCUCAUCUCGGAGGUGCUGUUGCGCAAAACCAUACCAACCAGCUAGAGACAGACCACCGCCGCCCCGAUCGCGGUACAACACCACCGCCUGCGUGGUGCUCAUCGCCGGAACUGGCUACCCGAGUGGCACUGGCCAUCGCUGAUGAGAUUGAUCGCCUGUUUGCGCGAUUCCCAGACCUGUGCUUGCCGCAGUUUGCACAACAGCAGCGGCGUUUUCUAGCUAGCACCUUUCAGCUCCAGCUGGAUGUGCGAUGGCGCCUGCUGGAUUUGCUUCUGGACAGCCUUCACGUGGUGCACGUCGCCUUUUCUUGCUGCGUCUGUUUGGUUGAGUCCGACACGAUAGCAACCAGGCAAAUCAAGGCCGUUGCCGCCAAUGCCGUCGUGUCGCUGAGUCAUGCCUACAACCGAGCUGCCACCCAGCUGGUCGCUUGCCUGGUUCGGCUUCAUGUAGUGCAUGGUAAGAUUACAGCUGCUCCCAGCUAUGUCGAGCGACACAGCCCAGUGCUAGAGUUGUGGCAGCUCUUAUUCGGCGCUCUCGACCGCUAUCAACUGCUGUGCAACCAGGCGCACGCGCUUCAGCCCGACUUGCGGCUACCCUUCUAUUGCAAAGAUACCCUGAGAGCAGAUGGUGCAGAUUCAGCCGUCCCUCUCGAAACGCGACAAUUCUGGGCAACGUUCAAUCGCGUCAGCCAUCAGCUCUUGGCCCGUCCGAGCCAAUUUCUCGCUCAAGUUGUCCACAUUGAUGAUGCCAUGGCGUUUGCGCAGCCAACAUCGUUCUGGUUUGUGUUUGAGCAUCUCUGGAAGCUCUUGCUGCCGCUCGCUGCGAUCGAAGCAAACGCUCUUCCACCAAGUUCGUGCGAGCCUACUGGGAAUUGGCCUCUCGUUCUGCUGCUCCUCUCGUUCACGCCGUUGGCCACCGAGACUGAUGGCCAAACGUUCGGAGCAACACCCAUGGCACUACAGCCGACCGACAUGCCCAUCGCAGAGCAAAUGCGAGCUCGCUUGCUUGAGGCUGCGUUCGGGUCCUCUGCCGCACCUUCUCGAGGCGCUGUUCGCUUUCUUGUCGAGCUGCAGUCCCGUUGCUUGAUUCUGUCCCAUGUUUGGCCAGGGCACCAAUACAUGCUGCUUGCGUUUUGGAAUUACUUUCGAAAGACCAAGCUCGUGGAUCCGACCCUGCAGUUCCCCGCACUGUUGCCGGUUUUCCUGGCAGAGAUGGCUGCCCAGCGCGCAACCAGCUUGUCGACUUCCCUGCCUUUGAACGCAGUCCUCCAAUCGGCUUGCGCUCGACCUGCUGUGACUGCCGCGACUGCUGGCGAGUCCUCCUCGUCGCUCACCACAGCCUCAGCAGCACUCAUUCCAAAUGCUGCUGAUACCAGCUUUCACCUCUUCAUCAAGUUGCUGCUCGUUCAGCUUUCUUCGUGCUGCCCAACGCUGUUUGUCGGGCUUCCUUCUGUGCCGCUGCACGCAACAGCGCCAUGCGCCGAGGCUCUCCAAUCCGCGGAUUUGCGCGCCGCAGACGUCAAGGUGCUUGUCAAGCUUGCAUCCAAGUUUUUCGUUUCCUUUCCUCAACAGGUGGUUGUUGAACAAACCGACGACGAAUCGGACACUCGAUCCAUCAAUGUGGACACCAUCCAGCACACGACGGCAUCCGUCAUCAACUAUGCCAGCCUUGCGCUUGUGCUGGCAGCUCUGCUUCCGGCCGACCAGCAGGAUGCUGCGACACAUCGCCUUUGCACGCUUGUCGACAUCACGUCGAGUAGCUUGGCUUCGACAGUGGCCGUCGUGGACGCAAUCUUUCUUUGGAUUGAGUUCCUUCAGCAGCAACAUCGCGAUAUUUCCGAGCUUGCCUCUCUGGUAACUCGCGUUGUGACGCGGGUCGGCCAAGAGCACCGCGCUGUUCUCGAGACGGCAAGCAAGCCCGUGCUUGCUCCAGUUUUUGCCACUGCAUCAUCGUCUCACGACUUUUCGUCGCUUGCGACGCCACUCGAGUCCUACAAAUCCCGCCGACGCUUGUUCGCGCUCGAGGAAGCCAUGCAAAAGUUGCUCAGUACCAUCUCUCGCGUCGUGCGCCGCGUCCCAGUCUCCCUGCACGCCCUUCGGUCCUAUGCCUUGCCACGAGGUGAGAUCGAGGACGACUGGGACGAAACCAGAAUGAAGGUGCGGCAGCUGUCGUCCAGCAUCGUUUCGCUGCGCUCCGGUCUGGUUGCCUCCGAGUUUGCCUUGUUGCCCGAAGCUCUGGCCAGCAUUCUAUCACCCGACGCCGGCUUCAAAGAGCCCAUCAAAGCUGAAGCCAUUGCACUGCUAUCGAGCUGGCUUCGCCAACGCCGAACACCUCUUGUUUUGCCCGAGCCGGAGCCCGAGCUUGACCUUCAUUUCAACCACGAAGAAGCACAUGACAGCCUACCUCCUUCGGCGCCACCACUGGCUUCCGCCUCAGCUGCUGCCAUGGAAGUGGAGGGCGCUGAUGGCGGAUUCGCGCUGCCAGGCGAGUCUGCCUCACUCAUGGUGGACCCUUUUGCCCCGGCAUCGCAAUCGCUUUUCGCUGCUGGCCCUCCAACUUUCGCCCAUGCGCAUCCGGAUGCCAACCGCGCUCCUGCUGCGUCCUCUGACAGCCAGUCUCAGUCACAGUCGUAUUUUGAUCGAGAAGAUGACGCGCGUGACAACGCCUUGUUUGCGGCGCUGGAUGCAGCCGACCUUGUGUUUGGGGCUUCAGCUCCCGCUCCGGCCAGCGUGGCAAUGUCCCGAGCUGCGCGCAGGCGCCAACAGUAUGCCGUCGAAGCGCGCCGAGUCCUCGUUUUGGCGUACGAGCAAGACCGCGCUCUUGUCGAAUUCAUCCAUCGUUCUGGCGUGACUCGCGCUCUCCAGCAGCUGGUACAAUCACGCUUUCGCAAACCAGCUCAGGCAACGUUGGCGCCCAUGCACGCCAGUCGGUCACCUCCUCGCCAAAGCUCUGGGGGUUUGACUUCUUCGGUCGUGCUUCCGUUCGCCUCGUCCACUUCCUCCGGUGUGCAGGCCACAAGCUUUCAGCUGUUUGCGCAAGGCAUUGAGUGCUUGAGCGAGCUGUGUCUCGUUCUGGCCGAGCAUGGCCUGGAGGCGUGGGACACGAUCUGGUCCGCCUUUGGUUGCGUGCACAGUGCCUCCUCUCCAUCAUCGACCAACCACAUGCCACGCUCGGCGUUCUCGGGAGCAUCCGCGCCACCUCCGCCAGCAGCAACGGCGCAGCAACAGUCGCAGCUCGCAGUCCAGUCACGGCUGUGGGAGGGCAGCACCGAUGAGCGACAGCUGGCGCUGCGAUUUGCAAACCACACGCUUGCCAUUCUGCCUUGUGAGGAGUCUGCGGGAGAUGCUGUCGGCAUCUCGUCAGCUGCGCAGUACGGUCUGCUCCGGCUGUGGAUCACCUCGGCGGUCGAGCACCACCUCACGGUGCAGCCAGAGUUCACUCUGCGCCUGACCAGAUUGCCCGCGAUGGCUCGGUUUCUGGCGUCGACUGACAUUCCAUCUGCAGCCGCCACCUCGCUGGAAGACUUCCAGGCCGCUCGCAUUGCACUGCUGGCUCUGUUUUUCCGAAGGCUUCACGAGCAUUACGAGACCCGCGUGUCUACUCCUCGCGUUCCAACUUCUCUUUCGGCUCCGCAGGAUGCACCACUCCCAGGCUCGGCUGCUUGGUUUGCUCUGGGCGAGAAGGUGGAGGAGUUUCGUGCGGUUGCCAUCAACGCCCUGCUGUUACCAUUGUCCCAAGCGCUGGCACGGUGCCGGAACGAGCUCGAAACCACGCUGCCCGAGAGUUCCGAGGGAUACUCGCUGAUUUGCCAGGCCAUUUCGGCCGUACUCUUCCAGCAUUGUCCGACGCUGGCGUACAACAACAAUAGCAACCCGAACGUGUUUGCCACGCUCAUUCGUUCCUUUACGUUACCAGGCUUUCAGGGGGCUUCGCUCAAGCUUUUGCGCUCGCGUCUGGCGUGCCUGCGUGGAAUAUUCACUGGAGUAGCACAGCUGGACUUUGUCAACGACGCGUUCUUGCAUCGCACGGUGGCGACGCUCAUCCAAUCCCACCUCGAUUGCCCGGACGAGGCGACAUGGCAGCUGGUUCGAGCUGUUCCUGUGGUGGCGAGUUCUGGCGGUGCACCCGUCUGCGUCAGUCCGCUGGCAGAUGCAUUUUUCCCAUCAACACGCUCGGAGGCGGAUGCCAUGGCUGCGGACACGCCACAGACGACCAAGCUGCAUCAAUUUCGGCGAUGGGUGCUGUUGUGCAAUAUUCGCUUGUCUCUUGGCAUUUCCAAUGUUCAGCCAGGCUUUCAGUUUGUGCUGCCAUCGGCGCUCGAAUUUGUCGAGUCUAUGGUCGUCAGGAACUCGCUCAACGCUGCCCGUGCCUUGCAGGAUGCUCAAAAGCCCACGUCGUCCUCCGAGAUGAUGCUCCGGCACCAGACCACCGCGCUGCGCUUUGGCGCCUUGUACUUUGCCGACGCGAUUGCCGCCGUGCCCGGCCUGCUGGCCGCCCUCAAGAGCUGCUCGCCCGUGAGCAAUCUUGCGCUUGGCGCCGUCAAGGCGAUUGUCUGCUCUGUUGUCAAGACGAUCUGCGAUCGUGGCAAGCGGCUCCAAGAUGCGCUUGCGGUUGUGCUCAAAGAUGUGCGCGCCGUUCUCGCGCAACACCGUGCACAUCCUGCAACACAGGAAAACGCCGUCAUGGUGGUGGUCGCGGCGGAAGAAGCAGCACAGGCGUGGCAAGCGGCCAUUCAGCUGUGGCUCGUCUGCAUACCGGCGCUGGCGACUGUGCUCUUGCUGCAUGUCGUUGGAGACGUGUGCUCGCGGGUGUUUUUGCGUCAAACCGUGCCAUCCUCGCUGACGGCAGACGCCGGGGCACUUGAGGACGCCGUUCGUCAACUCGGUCUGCUACUCCCGGCGGAUGUGCGAUCGCCACCACUGCUCAAAGCGUCCGUGGUGUGGCCAAGCAAGCGGUUUGCGCUAGCGUUAAGCGAGCUUGGCAACGCAGGUCAGGCGGGUGGUGCGCGAAUGAGUCUGACGGGUGUUGCCACAAACACCAUGAUUGUGAGUGGGCGCCCAAUCGCGCGGCCGGCGUCGUCGUCGUCGUCGUCGUCGUUGUUAUCGUCAUCUGGCGGCUUGGCAGCUCGCCCCGCUCGAAUGCCACCGACGACCGCCUCGGCUGCUGUUUCGAGCGGCUCUUCGGCAGGCCUGGACGAGCAGCCAGACCCGCGGCCGCUCCCUCCGCCGCUGACCUCGCAGCUCUUCCUCACCUCCACCUUUUCGAUGCUGACGAGCCUUUCGCGCACCUCGCCAGUUGUCCACGCGCAAGUGCUGGCAGUCGCCGAAUCCCGCCUCCAAGCGAUUGUCGUCCAUCCCGCAAAUGCGCGGCAAGAGCUGCAACUCGAUGUUGCCAAGCUCAUCUCCCAUCUGCGCUCCACCAAUCCAGCCGCGCGGGGUUUGGUUUCAGCCGCGAAUCCUUCAAAGUGAGGCACAAGAUCUUUUGGGUUCAUUCUGUCCGUUGUACAAAAAGUGGGCUUUGUUCUGUUGUUUUGUUUGUUUAUUCAUGACUUUGCAUCUUAACACGAAAUGUACUUUAUUUCAUCGCA